CCCGGCGCGCGGGCCGCGGCGGCUGAGGUAAAUCCUGGGGCCGGCGCGGCGCUGAUGGCGGUGGCGUCUGCGGCUCGGUCGCCGCGGGCGUGAGGCGCUCGCUGCCGCCAUGACCGAGGAGCUGUACGAGAAGUUCCUGGCCCCCGACGAGCCGUGCCCGCUGCUCUCGCCCCAGCACCCGCCGCGCGGCGGCAGCCUCAGCGAGGAGGGCUGCCUGGACGUCAGCGACUUCGGCUGCCAGCUCUCGUCGUGCCACCGCACCGACCCGCUGCACCGCUUCCACUCCAACAGGUGGAACUUGACUUCUUGUGGAACAAGUGUAGCCAGCUCAGAGUGCAGUGAGGAGCUGUUCUCAUCGGUUUCAGUUGGUGAUCAAGAUGACUGUUAUUCAUUAUUGGAUGACCAGGAGUUCACCUCUUUUGAUCUGUUCCCCGAAGGUAGUGUCUGCAGUGAUGUCUCUUCUUCUAUCAGCACGUACUGGGAUUGGUCAGACAGCGAGUUUGAAUGGCAGUUGCCUGGCAGCGACAUUACAAGUGGGAGUGAUGUGCUUUCUGAUGUUAUACCUAGUAUUCCAAGCUCUCCUUGUCUGCUUCCAAAAAAGAAAAACAAGCAUAGGAAUCUCGAUGAACUUCCAUGGAGUGCAAUGACAAAUGAUGAACAGGUUGAAUAUAUUGAAUAUUUGAGUCGUAAAGUCAGUAUGGAGAUGGGGCUUCGAGAGCAACUUGACAUUAUUAAGAUUAUUGAUCCUACUGCUCAGAUAUCACCUACAGAUAGUGAAUUCAUUAUUGAACUGAACUGUCUUACAGAUGAAAAACUGAAACAGGUGAGAAACUAUAUCAAGGAACAUGGACCUCGACAACGAUCUGCCAGGGAAAACUGGAAAAGGAGCAGCUACAGCUGUGCAAGUACCAGUGGUGUGAGCGGUGCCAGUGCCAGCAGCAGCAGUGCAAGCAUGGUCAGCUCUGCAAGCAGCAGUGGUUCUAGUGUUGGCAACUCUGCUUCAAAUUCAAGUGCCAACAUGAGUCGAGCGCACAGUGAUAGUAACUUGUCAACAAGUGCUGCAGAAAGAAUCCGGGAUUCAAAAAAACGUUCUAAACAACGGAAACUACAGCAAAAGGCUUUACGCAAGAGACAGCUGAAAGAACAAAGACAGGCUCGUAAGGAGAGACUGAGUGGAUUAUUUCUUAAUGAAGAAGUACUAUCUUUAAAAGUGACUGAGGAGGACCAUGAAGGAGAUGUGGAUGUUUUAAUGUGACAGGGGUGAAUUUAUCAGUGUUCUUUCUAAGCCUUAAACGUAUUAUCCUUAUUGUUUACAUAUAUUUCUUGACCAAAUUUUGAUUAGUGUUAAUAAUAUAAACCAGAUCCUUUCUCAACUGUAACUUUGGUAAGCUGUUCUAAGUGUUGAGUAGCUUGAUCUUUUUAGACUAAUUUCGCAACAAAUACUUCAGGAACUUCAUUGACUUCUGAAAAUCUGCUGAAUAGAUACUAUUUUAAGGAGAAAUUAAUUUGGCUAAUAUGCUACUUACCUAAAGAAAUCAAUCUAGAGAUGCUUUUGGAUGACAUUAAGAAUGCAGUAGUAUGCUUCAGCUUUUUUCCCUAAUUAAUGUUUCACUUGGCAUAUUCUCUCUUUUCCUUGUUUGUUAUUGGGAAGACUGUUUAGCAUGAGAAACAAGUCUUUAAUUAUAUAAGAUUUUCUUUGAUCUUGCUCUUGGAUCAUACAAAAUCAAAACACUGUGAUAAAUCUUUCUAGAAGUUAUGAUUGUGACUUUUCUCAAAUUCCACAGAAAAGAAGAAGCAGGACUUCUAAUGUAGAGAACCUGUAACACAAAUAAUACUUAGUAAUAUAGUUCUUUAGGAAGCAUUUACAAUUAAAAAAAAGAACCUUGCAAACUUAGUAUUUAAAAAGUUAUUUUGCUGCUCAAUAUCUUAUAGUCUGAUUGUUACUAAUAGUUAACCAGCACAUCCCUAGUAUUGCUACUAAUUAAAACAUCUUUAUGCAUUAAAGUACACUAAUCUUCAAUUAAACUGUCUAGGACACUACUACAGUAUGGCUACUGAAAAGAAAGUGCAAACAACUCUGGCGCUUUUUUUAAACCCAGAAGUAUAUCUAAAUAUAUUCGUUUUGCUGGCAAGAGAACUUAAUGCAAUUGUGUCUUUUUAAUUAUAUGUUAAGUCACUUUAUGACCUAGCAGAGUAUAAGUUUUCUUUGUGGGUCAUUGCAUCAUUACUAAAAUAUUUCAGAAUUCUGUGUUUGAAAUACCUCUUUUUUAAGAAAAAGAGGUGAACUUGGGACUUUCAUGUAGGGAGAUAAUUUUACCUUUUUUACUAAUCCUGUCAAUCUGUAAAGUGACUUCUGUGUUUAUCUUAGAACUUCUUGCUACAGGAUACCUCCUCCCCCUCCUGAUGCUUCUAAAUUUGAGCGCAAAAUUCAAAGGUUUACAAAAAUAUUUUCUGGAUUUGAAUUUAGGAGAUUGUUUAUUAUAUUGGUGCUUCAUUAUUUUCAUUUUGCUCUUGUGAAUAAAGAGUUCGUCAGUUUUGGGCCCAGGUACGUAUAAAUGCAAGGAUAUAGCCCAAUCAUGCUGAAUUGCAUGAUUGACUUUAUGUAGCUAUGGGACGAUUCAUGUCCAUUUCAUAAGUCCUACUUGCACUUACUAGCCCUGAUGGAUCCAUUUUAGUGGGCUCCAUUUAAAUCUCACUCUUGGCAGGCUGUUAAACUAAGUUGAGGAGAAAUGGUAUUCUGUGAGCAAUGAAAUGCUAACAAUAAUACAUUUAAGAUCGUAUAUCAGAAUAAAACUAAAAGUGAACUUAUGUAUUUUUAGGAAAUAACGAACCUGCCUAGGACUAGGCCUACCUUACUAUCAAGACAUGGACACGCAGCUCUAAUUACAAACUGCCAACUGAGAACCACUUGUACACUGCUGCAGGAUGUGUUAGGUUUCUGAAAUGGCUAGAAUGUGUUUAUUUCAGAGAUGGUAUUCUAUGUAGUCUCUGAAUAACCUAAACAGUAAAAUAUUUAAACUAUAGCAUGAGAAACAUCUUUGAUUAAAAAAAAAAAAAAAAAAGAGGUCCACAAUCAAAAUAGUAUAUGUAAAUUUAAACACUCUCACUGCCACUAGACCAUAGGUACCCAGACUUGGCCAGUGACCACUUAAAAACUAAAUAAUGUUAUUUUAAACUUGCAUACUACCCAUCUCAUAUUGCCAGUCAUUUGGCCACUAACUGGAAGUGACUGUAACUUGUCAAUAUUCCUUGCGCAGUGCUACAGCUGGCUGAUAUACUCCUUUCCUCCUGAUGAAAUAGUGUUAAAAACUUAACAGUGUUCAGAUGCCUGAGAAUGCAGGAGUUUAAUGUAGAGUUUAUUUUUAGAAUCUCAGAGGAAAAAAAAUACAUUGCUGUCAAUUUGACUAUUUUCAGUGUCCAGUUGUUGAACUCUUGCAACUUAGAAUGGCAGUUACAGAGGAAUUCAUUACGAAAUGUUUCACUGUCUUUGCACUGUUACAGUUCAGUAAACCUUUACUUUCUGCAGUGAUUUUGAAAUGUUAAUCUCUCUCCUUCCCACUCCUGAAAAAAUACAUGCUUGAUACUGUGGAGCACUGAAACUCUGAAAUGAACUGUAAGAAGUGUGCAAUACCUCAGUGUGGUGGACUGUGGAAGUCUUGCUUUAUUCUGUAUCAGCAGCUCUUCAGAGUUUAAAAUCCCUCUGGCUUUGAGACCCCUCUUUUUGAAGAGGUACAGCUUUUUCUGGUCACCUGUCUACCAGCUUCCAGGGAAUAUGAAAUGAGGGAGUGACAGUAGUUAUCCUUAUAUUGGUGUGAACAGGUAAUUAAUCUGAAUGAUUAGGUGGUUCCAAUUACCAAUUAUUGUAUUGAAUGAAAGUCUUGAGUACCUAAUCAGUACGCAGUACCAGAGUAGCUAAUAGUGGUAGCUCAUCUCUAGCUGGGUACUUCAGUCACUUGUGUAACUGUUCAAAGGAGGAAAAAAAGUGGAUUUCCAGAAGCACUGUGUUAACAACUUAUAGCUUUGUGGUCUCCUAGUUCCAGGAGGUUUAUAGCUUAAGGCUACAAAACUGCGAAAGCUCUGAUCAGAAGGCAGACUGUCUUUAUGCCAGUGCUUGCCUGAACGUUGUCUUUGCCAAGUACUUGGCAUCUCAGAAAACCAGACUUGAAGUAACUGCGAUAUUCCAGAUUGGUUGCAUCCGUACUUUCUACAGUGCUCAAUAUUAUAUGAGAUCCCUCGUAGUUCUAGUGAUGAGCUUCUCUCUCUCUCUCUCUCUCUCUCUCUCUCUCUCUCUCUCUCUCUCUCUCUCUCUCUCUCUCUCUCCCCCCCCACCCCCCCAAUACUGGGGCCUUUCCUUGCAAGGUGCUGGAUGCUUACAGUUUGUGCUGGAUACCCGUGGCGUCAGUCUGGCAGUUAGUUUUAGCAGUCUGUUGUCGUUCUGUAGCUAUCGGAACCUGACAAGUUCUAGAUAGUCUCCUGUAAAACAAAGCAGGAGCAGCAGUGGCUAACAGCCAAAGUAGCAAAAUAAGAUUUAACUAAAAUUCCAAUUUUUUUGGCAGUGCUUUUUAAAAAGGAUUUGAAUUUUAUUUCUAAGCUUGACAUUUCCUUCAAUGAAAAACAGAGACGAACAAAAAACUAGUAUGUGUAUGGCUCCACAGUACUGAAGCAAUAUAUCUAGGUGCUUUGAACCCACUGUAAUAUGAAUGUAAUCAGUUUACACUCUGUAAUAUUAACUGUUUGCUUCCAUGGUAAUUCUUUCUCUAAAAAGGCUUAGAAGGAGCACUGAAAGUCUGAUUGCAAGAGGACUGUAAACAAUAGAGAAGACUUGUUUUUUUUAUAUAUAUAUAUAUAUAUAUAUAUAUGAUUUUAAAUAUGAGGAAGAAAACUAGUUGCCUGACAGACCUGUUAAUAUUUGUGCGUUUAUCUAACUUCAGAACCCUUCGUCUCUCUUAAGAUAUUAACUAUUUUUCUUUAUAUGGGAAACGAUUAAAGGGUAGUUAUAGUAUAUUCAGCGUGGGAUGCUUACUGAGAAGAGCAAGCAAAGUCGUGCAAGACUUGCCUGGGUUUAACUUUUAGUUCUCGUAUUGUGGUUUAAAACCUGUGAAGAUUACUGUCUGGGGAAAAAGCUGCUUAAAUUUAUUCAUAUGCGCUUACAUCAGAGUGCAUAUUAGAGAAGCAUAUAAAAAUGGCAAUAUUUACUGCUCAUCUAAGCUAAAUGGCCUGAGGCCAGUACUUUUUCCUAAGACUCUAUGAGCUUUGAAAUCAGUUGACACCUUGCUCCAUAAAUACUAAUUACCUAACUAUUUUGGGGGUGCUCUUGAAGUUCACUUUUUGUAAGCCAGACUUUUAAGCCAAUAGAUCUAACAAUAUUGGCCAUGAAAGUUCUUGAGUUUACUGUUCUUGCAGUUCUUUGGCCCAGAAAAUCUGGUCAACAUGUGGUUUUCCACUUCGGAACUGCAAGGAUUGCUUAUUAAUAUACCAAGUGCAAAUGUUAGUGACAGUCAAAGCUUGUCUGUUUUGAUUAUUAAGUCUCAGUAAUCAUACCUGCAUUUCUCUCUUAUCUGGCAAACUUUAAAACACUUCCAGUUUGCAAGAAAAUUCUUAAAUACAAAGGAAAAAACGUGAUGUUGAAGCCUUGAAUAUAAUUCAUAACCAAAGCAAGGAGAAAGUGGAGUUUUGUGGUGUGUAUGGGGGUUUGGGUUUUCUGUUUUUUGGUUUAUUUUUGGGGGAUGGGUGGGGAGAAUAGGAGGUUAGAAGGUUGGAUGGGUAGAUUAGAGUGAAUGGAAGUGAUUAUAUUGAGGCUUCUUUUUUUUUUUUUUUUGUUUUUUUUUUUUUUUUUUUGUUUUUCUUUCUUUCUUUCCAGGUUCUCUGCUAAUUGUAUGCUACAAUGCACUUUUGUAUAGGAAACUGUCUUCUGUACAUUCUGUACCUACUUUCCACAAUGUUUAUAAGAGACUUUUUUUCUGAAGUUGUGAAGGAUUUAUCAAUAGCUGCCAUGCUGGUGACUGACGCUGUUUAUUUCAAGCUUUCAUUGUAUUUGAAAAUAGUCAUGUGCAUAUUGAAGCACGGGUUGCAAUUAAAACUGGCAACAUAGCAAAUAUAUUCUGAUGAAACUAUGUGGUAUCUUGUUCAGAACAGGAGGGGUUUAUGCAUAGGGCUUGUGUACUCACUGCUUAGGCAGAAAAUACAAAUAAAUGUAGCACGUAUCAACUA